AUGAGUGAAACUGAGAGUAGAGAAAAGGAGUCUGAAGUAGGAUUGCCUCCAGACAUCGUCCAGGCUACAUUACCGUUCUUAAGUAGUGAUGACAUUAAGAACCUCUCGCAAACAAAUAAAUAUUAUAAUACAUUACUAGAUUUUGACCACUCUAAAACCUUGUGGCAUGAACUAUUUCAUAAGGCAUUUGGAACGCUAAAAACAAAUGACGAGCCUUUCCAGUGUCGAAAUUCGGCGGAAUUUAAGACCUGCACAGAAACCAUUCUGAGAGAAGCAUACCCCACUUUGUCGUGGCAAGAUUUAUACCAAUUACGAGCAUACGAUGCAAAGUUUCACAGUUGGGGUUAUUUAAAACAUGGAAGAUUGGGAUAUACUGUCAGUUCUAAUAAUGAACUGCCCGUCACAUCCCUUAAUGGGCCGAGUCCGCGGUUCAAAUAUGGUGUCAAUACCCCCACGGAAGUUCCUUGGUUUAACAGUAGGACAAGAUCUAGAACUUGUAACUUCACUCCUUCGGAGGACCCGUUAAGCGCCAUCAAGAAGGAUGGAGACGAAAUCAUAGCUCAAGUAUCUAGUGGCGGUUUUUCUUUCCAAAUAUUGACUGAGUCAGGUAACCUGUAUAGCAGCGGAUCCACUUUUUCUGGGGGGUUGAAAGGACCAGGUCCCAGUGGUUCACAGCACGACUAUAACCCCUUUAGAGAAAUGAUUCAUAAUAUGGAAAGAUCGUAUCCGCGGAUCACAAGCCGCAGUAACGGAAGUACUGUCAAUACCACAGGUACAUUUUCUGGAAGAAGACUGGGCGGUAACCACCCAUCCACUGCUAAUGAACCAGGACAUACACAGUCAACUCCAGCUCAAGACAUUACCACAGGUAGGGGACAAGCGCUUGCUCCCUCUCCUGGAGGGCGUCAUAAUGGUGCCCCUAGAACUACCAUUCCUUUAAUGGGGCCGCAUGAGAAUAUUUACAGUGAGAUAGAGAUGCUGGAACGAAGUGCUAACAAAGCUGUACCAGGAAACAAUCAUAUCAGGAGAAUGUUCGCAAGAAAUUCCUUCCCAUUGUAUAGUGGUAGCGAUGAAAAUUUGGAAUCGUUCAGUGAUAUUCAGUUUGUCGCGGUAAGCUCUGGAAGAAGUCAUUUUCUAGCAAUGGAUACAGAUAAUAAUAUUUAUUCUUGGGAUUCUACGGAAUGUGACCAAGGUGUUAAAAUCGAGUUCGCUAACUUACCUAGUCGUGCUACGAAUCCUAUUUUGAAAAUCGCUAGUGGUUGGAAUUUUAAUUGUUGCUAUAUAUACAAGGUCGGGUUGGUAGCAUGGAGGGAAAGAGAAGCUAUUAAAAAGGGUGAGAGCUUUGCCUUUGCAAAAUACGAAGUUGUACCAAACACCAACGAUAUUAACGGCGAUUCUAGGAUCGUCGAUUUUGCAUGCUUACAAGAUAACUGCGUUUUCUUCAUUAAUAACAACGGCGAUAAAUUAUGGAAGUACCACAAUGGAUUGAAUCACAUGGUAGAUUUAAACAUUGUCGGAAGACUAUGUAAAAUUAACGUUUGUUUUGCUUCGCUAGUCCUCUUCACCGAUUCCCACUGUUAUACUUUGAAGAUUACGAAUGGCGACGUCGAUAAAGAUAGUUUAACAGAACUAGACAUUGAUGAAAACGUUAUAUCUGUUGCGAGCGGUGACUAUCACAUGGUGGCACUAACCGAAUGCGGUCAUUUGUAUUCUUGGGGUAUUGAAAGUCAAGAUUGUGGGUGCUUAGGGUUAGGUCCGUCUGAAAAAGUGGUUAACGAGCUACACAUUGGCAGUUGGGAGGGGCAAAGAAAUAUUAGGGUGGUCAAGCCCACGAAAAUAGAACUACCUGAAGACUAUAUUUGCGUCAGUGUAACUGCUGGUGGCUGGCAAACCGGUGCAUUAAUCAUUAGGAAACAUUGA